AUGCCAAGACAACAAAUUGGGACCAAUACUGAAUUUCCUGAAAAUAUAAAUAUUCCGGAUAUUCUUAAGGUCCCCGAUGGGAAUGCUUUCAAAUUCGUUCUAUAUGGAAUCGGAGCAACAGAAUAUCGAUUUAAUAAAAUUGAAUCUACAUGGAAUAUCUGCAACAGUGAAGUCUUUUACGUUAACUAUCCUGAAGACCUUUCCUUUGGUCCUAACUCAUUCGUGGCCAAGUCAACAGCUUCCGGACUGGAUCAAUCUGGUAACACUGUUAAAAACGUCCUAAAAUCCAUUAUUCAUGAAGAUAUGUCAUUAUGUAUUUCUAAAACUAUAAACAUUGCACCUAAUCCCAAACCAAGACUUGAUUUUCAGUUCUUAAGUCAGGUUGCG